AUGGUCCAUCCGAUCAAUAUCAUGAUCCCAGCUGGGACUCUAAACGGGAUAGCAGCCCUCAACGAUUUAUCGCUAGCUAUUUCGAAUUCAUCCUUGGGUCUUAUUUGGCGCGUGGAGAUCGAACGGGGAACUUAUGGUAUUAUGAUAAGAGACAACACAACAGCCACAAGCACAACCUUAGGACCAAACCUUGUAGUCAAUGGGAUCAGAGUCUUAGGCAGCUAUCUCUACUACGUGAACUCGCCCCAAAGGUCGCUCUACCGCAUUCGUUUAGAUAAGUCGGGUAAUACGGUUGGACAGCCCGAGACCAUCGCGCAAGGAGUGCUGGUUGAUGAUUUUGCUGCUACCUCUUCGUGGGCUUUUCCUGCUAGCUUUACGGAUAAUAUUAUAACAAACGUCUCUCAUAACGGCAAAGUACAUGUUGUUGCAGGAGGUAGAGACUCAACUGCAGUGAUGACUGCGACGUCUGCGGCUGUUGGGAGGACUAAGCACAAUGGGAAUCUGCUCUAUAUCAUGACUGGUGGAGAGACACAGGAGCCUGUUCAUAACACUGACCAUAAGGGGGGCAAGAUUGUCGUACUCAAUCCUGAUGUAUAG